GGGACUCUGCCCAGCCCGGAGCGGGAGCGGAGCUCGGCCGGGCCGGGCCCGCUGGAGAAGCCCGGGGGGGGUCAUGGCCGCGCGGGCCGCUGCCCAGGGUUCAGAAUGGGAUGCAGAUUCAUGGCAUUUGCUGCCUCCAAACCCCUCUGUUGUCCUCAAACAAAGGUCAGUGAGAGAAGCUCAUGAUCAGACUACAGAGUGUUCUCUGGGGACGGUGAUGGCAGCAGUUCAAGCAGUGGAGAGGAAAGUUAAGUCAUACACCAUGCGAUUGCUGAAUCUGGAGAGGAGACUGGGGAGUUCUGAGAAGAAACUAAUAGGCUGCGAGAAAACAGCAGUGGAGUUUGAUAUCAAGCUGGAGAGUAAGUGGGCCAUAUUGGGAACUGUGAUCCAGGAGAAUAAUCUGUUGCAGAAGAGGCUGGAGAACUUGGAGAACCUGCUGAAGAACAGGAACUUCUGGAUCCUGCGACUCCCCCCAGGCGCUGAGGGGGAGGUGCCCAAGGUGCCGGUGACGUUUGAUGACGUCUCCGUCUAUUUCAACGAGCAGGAGUGGGAGAACUUAGAGGAAUGGCAGAAAGAGCUUUACAAGAACGUGAUGAAAGAGAAUUAUGACACCCUGAUCUCCCUGGAUUAUGCUGUUUCCAAACCUGACAUCCUGUCUCAGAUUGAGCGAGGGGAAGAGCCCUACCUAAGGGAUCAGCCAGGCUCUCAGGAUAGAUUGGGAGAAAAAGAUCAGAGUGAAGAGCGAUCAGAGGAGAAUGAAGCCCCUAUAGACGCCUGUCCAGAAUCUCCUGUUUCUAUCACGGAUAUUUUAUCGUGGGUUAUACAAGAGGAGGAGCCCUGUGAGAACAAUCAGCCAGGUCUGGAGGAGAGACCAAGCCCUACAGAACACAGCACCGGAGAUGGCCAGUUAAUGACAAAAGAAACCAGGUGUGAAGGAGAUUGUGAACCUGAAAAUCUGGAGGCAGAGGGGGAAUUAUCAGGAAAAGCCAGAGAGAAGGUCCUCCAGACCUUGGCUGAGGCUGAAAGCCAGCUGUGCUCUAAGAUGCAGCGGGCAAACCCUGAGAAGAAAAGGUUAUGUGACUCCACUGACAAUGAGAGUGGCUUAAAGGCUCUGAGAGUCUGCCAGCGGAACCGCCCGAGGGACAGACUGCACCCUUGUACGGAGUGUGGGAAGAGCUUUCGGCUGAAGAUAAACCUUAUCAUUCACCAGAGGAGCCAUGCAAACGGAGGGCUGUACGAGUGUCCUGAGUGUGACAUCAGCUUCGCUUCCAAGCAGCAUCUUGCUCUGCACCAGCGGAUCCACACAGGAGAGAGAGCCCUAGCGCCUGGACUUGGGGAAAGCCGCGAUCUGGAGCGGAGACUCUGCCCAGGAAUGGAGUCCAAGGGAACCGUCCGCAGAAGCACAAGAAGCAAAUCCAGCAUCGGGGAGCACCAGCCGAGCCACACCGACGAGAGGCUGUACAUGUGCCGCCAGUGUAAGAAACGCUUCUCCCAGGAGACAGAUCUAAUGAGGCACCAGAAGACUCACAGCAAGAUCUUCCCAACGUGCACCGUGUGCUGGAAGACGUUCACUUGCUCCUACAACCUCCGCAGGCACCAGAUGGUCCAUUCUGGAGAACGGCCGUAUCGCUGCCCUGACUGCGAGAGAUGCUUUGCCCGCAAGAUGAACCUCUUGCGGCACCAGAGGGUCCAUGCCAGGGAGAAGAUCCUGAGGAUGCAGCGAAUGCACCAACAGAUUGCCCGGCAUCCGCCGCCCUCUGAAGCGCCGGGGCAGCCGCUGCAGGGAGAAGCUGCCAGCUGCCAGUCCACAGAAGCCUUCACGGCUCACCAGACAACACACCCAGGAGAGACGUGAUCACUGCACCCACUGCAACAAAAGCUUCCACUGUGCCCAGUCCUCAGUUACCAGUACAGAUUUCACACUGGCGAAGGGAGGGGCUUCCCAGCUCUCAGUGCACCGGGGAGAGCCCAGCCCCACUGGGUGUAAGAACAGGAAAUAAGGCAGUGGCCAGCGAGGACUGAUAAAUUACCACUUGGGAAAGGAUGCAGGAAGUGCUAGGUGCUGUUCUUUGGCCUGGGUUGUGCAGGCGAUCAAAGCAGAUUAUCAUAAUGGUCCCUUCUGGCCUUAUCCAGGGAGCGAUGCCCAGCUGAGCAUUGUACAGCUGCCUCUGAAAUGUUAGGGUGGCUGGAGUCUCAGAGAAACCGUGUUAGCAUCUAGGUGGAGCUUGGAACUGAGGGGACCCGUCUGAACUGUGGAGAGUCCACAGGUCGGAUAACUGGGGCUUUCCCCUCCUGGGGAACGGAGCAGGAGGGAGUGCUUGGAGGCCAAACUCUGCACUCUCGCCCUGUCUGCUGUUGUGUUUCAGUAUGUGGGAGAUUGUUUAUCUGCUGGGUGGAUUUGUUAAUAAAGGGACUUAUGAUGAAUUGCA